CUCCGUUCCGUGCCGCCCGUCGCCACCAUCCUCUCCGCCUCUCCCAUUCGCAGUCUACCUGCCACUCCCCGAAAUGGAGCUCCGCCUCUGCCUCCGCCUCCACGCGCCGCCCGCCUCCGCCCCGACGACGCAUCCGCCGCCGCCGCUGUCGCCGUCGCCCAAUCUCGCGCUCCGCCGCCUCCGGACCGGUGGGAGCUGUGCGGUUGCUCCGCGGCGGCACGCGAGGAAAUGGGGUUCGGCUGUCUGCGCCGCCAAAGCCGACGGCGCGCAGGGUGAGGCCGUGAAGGAGAGGAGCGUCUCGGUGGUGCUCUUGUCCGGCGGGCAGGGGAAGAGAAUGGGGGCAAGUAUGCCAAAACAAUAUCUACCAUUAUUGGGGCUGCCGAUUGCACUGCACAGUUUAAAGACAUUCUGUCAGCUGAAGGAAGUAAAAGAAGUUGUAGUGGUGUGUGAUCCAGACUACAAAGAUAUAUUUGAAGGCUCUAUUGAAAACGUGCAAAUACCAAUUAAAUUUGCACUCCCAGGGAAAGAGAGACAAGACUCUGUUUAUAAUGGACUACAGGAGAUUGAUGGAGACUCUGAACUUGUUUGUGUACAUGAUUCUGCAAGGCCCUUAGUGUCAUCUGAAGAUGUCAAAAAGGUAUUAGAAGAUGCUAUAGUGCACGGAGCUGCUGUUCUUGGUGUGCCUGUGAAAGCUACUAUCAAGGAGGCUGACAGCAAUUCUUUUGUCGUAAAAACACUUGAUAGGAAAACUCUUUGGGAAAUGCAAACUCCACAGGUGAUGAGGCCCAGUUUACUCAGAGAUGGUUUUGAGCUAGUUAAACGGGAUGGACUUGAGGUCACUGAUGACGUGUCCAUUGUAGAAUACCUGAAGCACUCUGUUUAUAUCACAGAGGGCUCUUACACAAACAUAAAGGUGACGACUCCUGAUGACUUGCUCCUGGCUGAGCGCCUGAUGAAUGAGAAAUAAAGCCGAUAGAGAAAAGGUUAACUGCUACUUGGUUCUAGAUAAACCUGUACGAAAUUGUCAGGCAUCAUUCUUUCGCAUUUCCACAGUUUUGAAAACCCAGAAUAUUAUCAUGUAGCCCAGACACCAGAUAGCUGACCUGUAUGUAACAUUCUUUCGAUACGGAAGAGUUUUUGUUGAGUUCAUACUACAUACAACAAAUGGCUCAUUUGUUCAAGACAGCAUCAAGCAAUGGCAAUACAUGGAAAUUACAAUGUAGGUUCAUGUGCUAAUUACAACUGAAUUCAUCCUUAGGGUGACAUGUUAGGCAGAUCCAUCUGAAAAAGGAUGGUUCUUGAGUUGUGAAUGAUAAGGCCUAUGUAUAACAGAAUGAAGCCAUAGAUAGGGUCUUGUAACAUCCAGAGCUGGUACCGGUCCCACCUAAGACAAUCCUGAGUAUUUUUCCUUGCACGAAAGGGAAAUCGUGACAAACACCCAAGAAUGCCUUCAUGAGUUAUAUUAUAUGAUAUGCCAUUUGGGAACCUGCGGCGGCGCCAUUGAUGAUGAGAACAUUAUGCAGGCAAUCCUCUAUCAUCUAAGUGGCUUCAGACCCUGCACAGGCACAUACGGAGGCAGAGAGAGAUUCAUGGUUAUGGUGAAAUAUUUUUCUAACUAUAAAAUUGUAAAGAAUUUGUGAUAUUGGACAUCAUGUAAUGGAUCAGCAGUUGUCUUAGAGUUCAGGGCUUUAGGGCCUGUUUGGUACA